AGCCACUGGCUCCUACGAUCCUUGCGGCCACAGUUCGUCACACACCGGGCCGUCGUGAAGCAUGCCGCCUGCGGGGAUGGGUGCGGCUGGACGAUAUGAGGAGUACAGCCAGAAAGAGAUCAAAUUUAUUGAGGGAGAGUUGAAGGAUUGGUUCUUGCAGCGCCGAUUUGCCAUGGAGCGCAAUAUUGCGAUGAAGAAGGCUUUAGAUGAGAAUAACUUCAGUGGAUUGUCUAUGGCCAAUCCCAACAUUCCCGAUGCGCAGAAGGUGAUGUGGUCUGACUUGGUGCAGGGCAAGCCCGAAUUGGAGGACUCUUUGAGUUCCAAUGCCAAGCAGAUGAAAGUGGACAUGUACUCCAAGAUCUUCAAGGAUUCCACCGAUUUGGAGCAUCCGUGCAGAGUCGCUGGCAGCAGCUACCUCCGGUGCCUGCAGGAGAACUUCAAGGACAAGGCCUCAACGCGACUGAUGA